GGCUGAGUGUCCAUGGUCAAUAAUGAGUCAAUCUGUUGAUCAAUCAGAAGGGUUCAUAUGGGAUGUUUGAGCAGUGAGAGUCUGUAUUCUGCACAGAGAGGCCAGAGAUGAAGCUCACACAUUUGCUCCUCUGCCUGUUCGUGUUCGCGUCCUCUGCUUUGUCAGAUGACACGACAGUUGUGAACCCUAGAGGUGCUCGUCCUAUUGAACACGGCUACAAGGCACAAGACACCUGUAAGACAAAAGAAUGGCCUAUGUGUACAGAUGAUGACUGGGGAACCAAAUGUCCAUCCGGCUGCCGAGUUCAAGGCCUCAUGGACAAAGCUGACCAUGAUAUCGUCAAGAAGAUCGAGAAGAUUCGCAGUCUUCUAGACGAGGGCCGGAAACUUCAUCGCUCCGCUGAUCAAGUGUCUAAAAGCACUUACACUUACCUAAGAGAGCGACUGACCUCUAGCUCUGGUAAUGAUAACAGGUAUGCCACCUUAGCCGAACAGCUGAGACAGAGGAUUACUGAUAUCAAGAUAAAAAUUGACCGUCAACUCCGGUUACUGGACGCUCUGAAGUCACAGGUCAAAGAUCAAGUUGUUGUUAUGCAGCGACUUGAGGUCGACAUUGACAUCAAACUACGCACAUGCAAGGGCUCUUGUGCCAGCUACAGUGAGUUCUCGGUGGAUAAAGAGAGCUAUGCAGCUUUGGACAAGCAAAUGGACCAACUGAACACUUUGAGUGUGCAGAGUGUGGAAACCGUUAGUUCUCUGGGAAUCAUGAAGAGCAGGCCAUUGAAGGACGUGGUGUUACCCUCCAUAUAUAAGAGCGGAACAGGCAAAGCCGAGCAGAAGCAGCUCCUGUUCGGAGACGUGGGUCAGAUGAAGCUUACUCUGGAGGCGGAGGGCUCCACUGCCGAAUCUGCUGCCACUGUUAGCAAGUUCCCCACCUCAGGUACGGGUUCAACUUCUUCCUUUACCUCCUCUUCCACCUCAACCAUCAAGCAGUGCACCAAGUCAGUGCGCAAGGUGACAACACACACCAAAGACGGCCCCAUAGAGAAGAUGGAGGUAACGGCUAGCGGGCCCGGGUGUGAAGAUUUAGAAAAAAUGGGAAUUUCAGAUUCAGAGUUUUUGGCAGCGGCCAAAGAAGGCAAAGAUCUGAACCGUGACGGAGUCAGAAUAACUGUGAGUGGUGGGAAUGAAAAGUCCAUUACUUCUCUCACACAUGGCACAGAUGGCUUAGGUGACUUCAGUGGAGGUUUCUUCACGGGUCUAGGCACUGAUAAGCAAAAGUUCUCCUCAUCUUCAUCUUCAUCCUCAUCCUCGAAAACAGUCUUGUCAGAUGGAAGCAAGAGUUACUCAAAGACCGCCCUUUCUAGCGACACAGGUUUUGGGGAUGACUUUGGGGCUUUCAUGCGAGGAGAUGUAGAAGAGGAUCUACCUGACAUCCACGCACGAAGCGUGAAAUCGCGCGACGAGCGCAAGGCUGGCAUUGUUGGUGGAGUGUGUACGGCCUUGAAAUCCAGUCUCAGACAACAUAAUCACUACGGUUACGCCAGAUUUGGACACUGUCCAGCUCGACCAACAUACCCUUUGUGCUCUGAUGAGGAGAGGGAGGAUAAAUGUCCAUCUGGGUGUCAUCUGGAGGGUCUUGUUAAUCUUGCAGAUGAAGACAUUCGGAAACGUCUGAGAAAUAUUUGUGAAAGGAUUCAAGAAAACCAGGAUGUCACUUCAUCUCUAGUGCAAAGGAGUGUACAGUUUUAUGGAACACAAAGAAAAGCUAUCAUUCAGACAUAUAUGCAGGAGAUCAGACAUGCUAAGUUUGUUGAAGAGCUUCACAGAAACUUCACAUUCCUGCACAAGAGGUCUGCAGAACUUGCAAAAGACUUACAGAAGCAUCAUCAGUUGAUCUGGGAUCAGAUAAAUGAAAUUCGUCGAAUUGAGGUGGACAUUGACAUCAAAAUCCGUUCGUGCAAGGGAUCAUGCAAGCAAACCUUUGACCAUGCCGUUGAUAUUGAAGCCUUCGAAGCUAUGGAGAACAAAAUGGAACAGUUCAGCAUUAUCUCAAAAAGGCGAAAAUCAUUUUCCAAAAACAAAAAACUAAAACUGAAGUCUGUUGAUCGACCUACCGUGUCCCCUUCUUACCGGAAAAUUCCCAUUGUUCGCACUGAGCUGCUUACAAAGUUUGAAGACAUUGAGCAGCAUCAGGUGAUUUUAGACGAACUCCUAGAAGAUAUAUAAUCAGAUUUAUAUCUUGAUUAGUAAUAUGAGGAGUUUUUUUGUCUGAUAUUCUGUAUGGUUUAGUAAUAUAUGAGUAAUAUAACAAAUGCUAUAUUUAUUUUUGUGACUUUGUUAUUUACCACAUAUUUAUUUCACCAAUGUGCCAUUUAUUUUGACAAUGUCAUGUAUACAGUUUCAGUUUCUCAGUGUACAUCUAACUGAAAUAUUCCAUGUAUAGUGUUAGAGGAUAAACAUGUUACUGUUUGUAGCAGUAAAAAAGUCUAUAGGCUCUGUCUUAAUUGCGAUGCAGAAGCAAAUGAGUAAGCAAACACUAUACAAAUAAAACACAAUGUAUUGAAUACCUCAAUACAAUAUCUCAA